UUGACAUUUCUUAGUGUUGAUGUGCUUUUCUGAUUCUGAUGUGGUAGUAAUUUUAGAUUGUGGAGUGUAGAUAACUAAAUUAUUCCACUAUUUACUUUAUCUUGAUUCGGCUGAACUAUUGUUUUUUCCCGAACUGGCCUUGUUGAUAUCUACUUUUUAUUUAAACUAAAAUAUGAAUGCCAAACUAAAUCCAAGUAGAUAUGCCCACUGUGAGGGUCAUACAGGUGUUUGUUUUUCUGAAGAUGCCAAAUACAUAGUAACAUGUGGUGGUGAAGGAGACAUUCGGAUCUGGACAGGUAUCGAGGAUGACGAAGCUGUGGAUAAAUGUGUGGGGGAAAAGGCUUUUGCUGUUUGUCAAAGGGGUGAGAAACUGUAUGUAGGCACGAAUCAGCACAGUGUUCAAGUGUUAACAUUUCCGGAAGCAGAGAUGGACGGAGUGGUGACACGUUUCACAGCUCCUGUCACACAUAUUGAUGCUUCAACUGAUGGUUCCUUGGUCGUAUCUGCUUCGUGUGACAUGACGAUUGGUUUGACAAACACAAAGACUUCCAAAACUGAGCCUAUUGAAGGUCACAGAGCUCCAGUGCUGAGCGUUGCGUUAGAUCCAAAACUGGAAUACCUUGCCUCGUCGAGUUGUGAUGGCUCUGUGCGUGUAUGGCGCCUAUCGGACAGGAGUCAGCUGGUGUCAUGGGACUGUGUGCCUCGUAGUAACUCGUUCCAACACGCCACCGCACUUGGUCAGCCCGCUUGGCUACCUGGCUCUGGUGCACAGUUGGCUGUCCCAAUGAAGAGGGAGGUGCAACUCUUCCAUCGAGACUCGUGGGAGAAAACUGUUACUUUUGUUGACCCUAAUCCCGGCAAUCAGGUUUUUUCAGUGGUCAAGUUCUCGUCAUGUGGGGGCUACCUGGCAGCCUCCACUACCGAAGGUCAUAUGGUUAUAUGGAAUGUGACCACUCAGGGUCUGGUGGCCUCUGUACAGACAGAGGAGGCCAAGCACAUUUGCGCACUUGACUGGAGUCCAGAGUUACCGCAAGUUGCGUUUUGCGACAAUCACGGCAAUUUUGGCACUAUAGAUCUUGACCUUCCCCCAGCCACCAAUCAGGAGAGUAAUCUGAGGCCAGAGGACGUACCGAUGACAGACCCACAGUUUGGCGACACGGAUGAUGAAGAUAAUGACAAUGUCAUUUCCUUGGACAAGAUAAAAAAUGAAUCGGGAUUCCUGGCAGACGAUCUUCUGGAUGAUGACGACAAACCCAGUGUCAAAGAUGAAGAUGGCAGAGCAAGUCCUCAGAGUGAUGUAAGACAAAUUGUCUCAACACCUCUCUCAGACCUGCAGCCUCCCUUCCAGCCUUCGUCCACCCCAGUCAGUCUGCAGUAUCGCUUCAUGGUGUGGAACGAUGUGGGGAUAGUGAAGCAGACAAACACAGAAGAAGAGAAUGCUAUAGAUGUGGAGUUUCAUGAUACAGUCCUUCAUCAUGCCUUCCGAGUGAACAACAUGGCAGGACAUACUCUGGCUGCUCUCAGUAAAGAAGCACUGGUUAUGGCUUGUGAGGCUACUGAGGACAAUCCAAGCAAAAUGGUAUGUGUGAUGCUGAACACCUGGGACGGCAGCAAGGAAUGGACAGUUCAGCUGGAGGGAGAGGAGGCGUUGUGUGUGGCUGCGGGACAAGGCUAUGUGGCUGUGGUCACAGACACUCGACUACUGCGGGUAUUCACCACUUGGGGCACACAGAGGGAGGUGAUAUCUCUGCCAGGACCUGUCGUGUGUAUGGCGGCUCACCAGCACACCCUGGCUGUUGUCUUCCACUCAGGAUUAGGGUUGGAAGGAGAUCAGAGUCUAAGCUAUCUGCAAAUCUGGUUGGGUGCGGGGGAUACACUUGUACGCCACUGUGCACCACGUGCCCUGCCACUCACUCCUCGUGCACGGCUGCGUUGGCUGGGAUACUCAGAUGAGGGCUCUCUGUGUGCGCUGGACAUGGCCGGCAUGCUGAGGAAACUGACACCUUCCUGCAUGUGGACACCCAUAUGUGAUGUAGACAACCAGUGCAAGGGGAAGUCAGAUCACCAUUUCGUAGUAGGAAUCAGCGAGCGGUUCCAGACAAUCCGGAGUGUGCUAUGCAAGGGAGCUUUCUACCCUCCGACCAUGCCCAGGCCGACAGUCACGGAGAUAUCUUGGCAGGUGCCCUUGUGCGAGAUGACUAGUGAAAAAGGACAGUUAGAAGAGGAGUUCUGGAGAUCACAUUUUGCGCUGACUGGCAUGAGUGAUGCUGACGAAAGCACACGGGACAGCGCUGACCGUACCAUCAAGAAAACACUGCUUAAACUGUUUGCGCUGGCAUGUCAGAGCGGGCUGGAGAUGCGGGCGUUGAGUUUAUGUCAACUGAUGUCCCCUGAAGUAGUACAGCUGGCUAUCAAAUACGCCUCCAAACUAGGCCGAUCGCAGCUCGCACAUUUGAUAGCAGAGACCUUGAGUAGAGCUCCUCCCUCCCCUCCCCCACACAGCAGAGGUUAUGGGUAUGAGAGCAGUUUCCGUGGACCGGACGCUGUGAGAGAACCACAUCCUGAUGCACAGCCAUUGUCUCAAGACAUGUUUGCAUCGACUGUUGAAGACCAGGAGGACACAGACAAAGAAAAUCCAAUUUUGGCUCUUAAAAAGAAACAGACAGGGUUGAGUUCAAGUGCUAUGAUGGCCAGCAAGUCCAGACGAUCGAACCCCUUCAAGAAGACAUCAGAGGGUGGAGAGGAAAGCACCAAGGGAUUGGCAGGACUAACCAAACAGGCAGUUGGUAAACCUGCUGUGACUCAACCUGCAGCCACAAAAAGAACUUCAAAUGAAAAUAAACCAAAGAAAAAUCCUUUCAUGGACUGGUUCUCGAGCAAUAAAGAAAGCUUGGAGGAGGAGUUCCCAGAUUUAGAUUCCGGAGAACUGACCAAGGUUGCUCUCAAGAGGUUCAAGGAGGAACAGAAAGGGAAGCCUGCCAGCCAAAACAUGAAGAAAUUCUUUGGUUCUACAACCAACCGAGAGAACAAGACUGAAAAUGAGAAAGAAAGUACAGCAACCAAUGAUGAUCUCGAAUCAAAGAAACGGAAAAAUUCCGAAGAUGAAACAUCUCAAAGCCCACAGCCUAAGAAAAUAUCUGCAGCCUCAAAGUUAAAAAUGUUUUCAUUUGUGAAGCCCUGAUGCCUGAUGUGUUGUUUACUUGCAAAUGUUUCACAUACAAUUUGGGAAAAACUAUUUUAUUUUAAAACUAAUUAACUGGUAGAAAUAUCCAUGGACAUAAACUUUUAAUAGUGUCUCAUUAUAAAAUGUUUUUUAGAUUUUAUGAGGUGAAUCAUAGAUUAUUGUUUAGUUCUCUGUGAGUUCUUAAAUGAAAAUGUAAUAUUGAGAAUGUGAGAGUAACUCUGAUCCAAGAUCGACCCACUCUCCUUGCAACUUUGAUGUUAAGUAAUGAAAGAUAUAUAUUCAAAUAUAAAGUGUAAAAAAAUGAAAUUUUUUUCAAUUUAUUUGCGUAUGUACAAUAUAUUUGUAAAUACAUUUAUUUUCCAACAA